UCCAGAUUCGCACGCCAAGAGCGCCCUAUGGCAACUAGGGCUGUGACCGAGGUGCUGAAGGCAAGCGCUCCCAACAGCAGCAGCAGCAACAGCAGCAGCAGCAGCCACCUCAGCCUUAGCAGCCGAGACUAGAGCCUGAAGUGCCGCCGCAGGCGCCGCAGCCUCCGCCUUGUCCUGCUUCCAGCCCUCAGCCCCCAGCUCUCAGCCUUCGGGAUAGCAACCUCUUCGCAACAUGCUACCUGCAACUGCCUCAGCGUGGCCGCUAGCCUCUUCUGGACCCCUCUCUCACCUUGAUGACAGCUCUUCUCUAAGAUCUGCAGGACUUAAUUGCUCGGACAAUUUGAAAGUGCAAUAAUUGAUUUCUGUCCUUCCCACCCACUUCACUUGAUUUUCAUCUCCCUUCUCCUCCUCCUCAUCGCUACUGUCGGAUCUGAGCCGGGAAGUUGCUCAGCUGUUUUAGUUAUAUACGUUUUUAUUUGUAUAUCCAUAUUUAAUAACCAACAACAAAAUCAACAACCAAAAAGACAAGGGGGGAAAGGAAGAGAUACCAUUACGGGGUUACUAUGCACUUGCGACUGAUUUCUUGGUUUUUUAUCAUUUUGAACUUUAUGGAAUACAUCGGCAGCCAAAACGCCUCCAGGGGAAGGCGACAGCGAAGAAUGCAUCCUAACGUCAGCCAAGGCUGCCAAGGAGGCUGUGCAACAUGUUCGGAUUACAAUGGAUGUUUGUCAUGUAAGCCCCGGCUAUUUUUUGUCCUGGAGAGGAAUGGCAUGAAGCAAAUUGGAGUGUGUCUCUCUUCAUGUCCAAGUGGAUACUAUGGAACACGAUCUCCAGAUAUAAAUAAAUGUACAAAAUGCAAAGCUGACUGUGAUACCUGCUUCAACAAAAAUUUUUGCACAAAGUGUAAAAAUGGAUUUUACUUACACCUUGGAAAGUGCCUUGACACCUGCCCUGAAGGGUUGGAAGCCAACAAUCACACCAUGGAGUGCACCAGUAUUGUGCACUGUGAAACUAGCGAGUGGAGUCCAUGGAGCCCAUGCACAAAAAAAGGAAAAACAUGUGGUUUCAAAAGAGGGACCGAAACAAGAGUCAGAGAAAUCAUACAGCAUCCUUCUGCAAAGGGCAACUUGUGUCCACCCAUGAGCGAGACAAGAAAGUGUGUGGUGCAGAGAAAGAAAUGUCCAAAAGGAGAACGAGGAAAGAAAGGAAGAGAGAGAAAAAGAAAAAAACUAAGUAAAGAAGAAAGUAAGGAAACAAAACCUGAGAACAAAGGCCAGGAGCCUACUACAGAAUCCCGGGAUCAACGGGAAAAUAAAGACAAACAGCAGCAGAAGAAACGAAAAAUCCAAGAUAAACAACAGAAAUCGGUAUUAGUCAGCACUGUACACUAAAAGGUCUCAUGUGAUUGUUUUAGACUUAUGAUGCUGCUAUCUCCACCAGAUUCCCAGGACAGGUGCUCUAGCCAUUAGAACCACAAGUGGAAUAUGCUACCAGUUACUGUUCCAUCUAAACAACAUUCCAGAUAGUUCCUAUACUCUCCAUACAAACAUAGUUAAUAACCAAGACAUUUGUGAGCCAUGAGUACAAAGACGUCUAAAGAAGGGAUACUUUCAAGGGGUUAUCUUAUAUGCUUCUGUGCUUUUGUAAAAAGACACCUAAGAAUUUUUGUACAUAAUUAUUAAUAGGAUAUAACAUUAUAAUGAUGGCAUCUGGAAAAGUAACAUUUUUUUCUUUGUAAAAUAAUUUUCAGGCUAUUGUUUUAAGUAAGAAGCAAAAGAGAUGUCUACUAAGUCAAAGACAUGGUAUCCCUUCAAAAAAAAUAAUAAUAAUGGUGUAUCACCAAAAAAAGAAAAAAGGAGGGGGAGAUGGAGAAGGGGAAGGGAAAAGAAAAAAAAAAAAAAAACUAUGAAAGAACAGUAGAAAUCCAGGGUUCAAGAGUUCUGUGUUGAUGUCUUGAAUAGAUUACCAAGAGUGCUCAGAAUUAGGCCCUAACAUUUUCUGUUCAUUGGUUUAUCAGAACUGAACUGUUUUAAAAUUGGUUCCCUUGUACUUGUCCUGUACUCCUACCUGCAAGAAACCCUAGAAUGGAUAGUAACGGUUAUGUGAAAAUGGGGAGAGAAAAAAAUAUGGAAGAAACUGCUGGGAUGGAGAGUAUUUUUGUGCUUCACAAAACUGUGAAGGACCAGUGGUUCUGCUCCAGUGGAGCAGCACUCUAAUCUCUAAGGAAAUAUGACGGGUUUCUCCUUCAUCAAUGCUCCUGCCUGGGUUGUCCCCGGAGUCAUAUAAACUGCGAAAUGUAUCUACACAACAAAUCUUACUUACAACAAACAAAUCCAUACUUGUAGGAAAAAAACUGAAUUAAUAAAGAACAGAAAAUAGAGUACAGAAAAUGUAACACAUUUUUGCAGUUGUGUCUUUUUUCCCUCUCACACUGGGAAAAAAAAUGCUUCCUUAUCUGCUUUUUGAUCCAUGAGGACUCCAAGGGAUAUUACUUCUUUAACAAGGUAUAUUUAGUGGGGAAAAAAAGCCACCAUAAUAAAUAUAUUUGUUGAUAGUUUGUAAA